AUGGAAGAAAAUCAGUUUAUGAUAAUUCUUUUAAGUACCAUUAACGGAGGAGCUCAGGCAGUAAUUACUACCCAGACAUUUCUGUCCACUGAGAAUGAGUUUCUCAAUGCAGUAAUCGCAGCCUCAUAUGGAGAUUUGUUGUAUCAUAAAGAAUUUCUAAAAAAGAUUGAAAAUGCGUACAUGCUGCCUCAUAAAUUAAAAUUAAAAAUUGGAUUGCCAAUUAUUCUCUUAAGUGGACUAACCAGAGACCAAGACAUUGUUGCGGGCACAAGAUUGAUUCUAACAGAGCUACUAGAACAUGAAAUUGUUGCGGAAGUGUUAAUAGGAGCUGCAGUCAGGGAAAAAGUGGUGAUAGGAAAAAGUGUGAUGAAAUCAAGGGACACCGUACCACUAACUAGAUGUCAGUUUUCAGUGAAAAUUGCCUUUGCAAUGCACACUGACAGAUGCAAGGCACAAAGCUUACACAGUGUUGGGUUUUACUUGGAGGAUGACAAUCCGUCAUACAUUGGCUUUUCAAAUACAGCUAAGGAACCAUCAAAACAAAAAUCACUAUCAUCAGAAAGAAUGAUUUACUAUAUGGAUACACCAAAACCAUUGUCCAUCAACACAAUCCUGAAAAUUUCGGGUCUAUAG